GAGCGGCGACGCAGGCGCUGUGCGGGCAGCCGGCGCGCGGGGUCCUGGCUUCGGAAAGGGCGCCAAGCGGUGGGGCCGAGAGCUGGAGGAAGGUGGAUGUGUUCGGGGAGUAAAUCCAGACCAGUUUUUCCGAAGUUAGCAGUAUACAGCUCCUGUCUUGUCUCUGCACCAGUGCGGGAUUUGUAUCUAUUUGUGUGAGGCAUUGCCAAGGAAUGCCUGGCCUGAUGCAGAAUGAGAACAGUGGGAGAGCGAGCCCCACCAAACGCAAACGACUCUCCCUCAAGUUCUUCCAGAAAAAAGAAGCCAAACGAGCGUUAGACUUCAACGAUAAGCAAGAGAGCGAGCAAAGCGUUUCCGAACACCGAGGUCCUGACAAAUGUGACCAGAUUGUUUCGGAGACUUUGUUGGCACCUGCGGUUGGAUAUGAAAAGAGAGAGGAGCUUCUGCCUUUCGUGGGGCUGAACAACCUGGGCAAUACGUGUUACCUCAAUAGCGUGCUUCAGGUGUUGUACUAUUGCCCUGCAUUUAGAACUGGGAUAAAAUAUUUGUACAACAUCAUCUCACGGAAACGAGAGAUGCUGCAGAACGAACAGGAGCCAAAAAAAGAGCAGGAGGAGUCGGAGGACCAGGAGGAGCUGCCCAUCUGUUUAGAGCUGAUCUGGAAUCUUCACAGCCUGAUUGUGUCCAUGGAGCAGGUACAGGCCAGCUUCCUGCUGAACCCCGACAAGUACACCGAGGGGGAACUGGCCGCACAGCCCAAGAGACUAAUGGGAACUCUGAAGGAGCUCAAUCCGAUGUAUGACGGGUACCUGCAGCACGAUGCACAGGAAGUGUUGCAGUGCAUCUUGGGAUACAUUCUGGAGGCCUGCCAGUUGUUGCAGAGGAGCAUUCCCGCUGGAGAGGAAAAAGCGACGUCCGACACGGAGGAUCCCGGUGAGCAUCAGCACACAGCCACCACAGCAGAACACUCCGAGGAACAAGGAGCUGACCAAAUGCCAAACCUGGAGAGGGAGCAAGAGAUGCCGGCCAGGAAAAGGAGGAACGUGAAAAGAAAGGGCGACGCGCAAGCUGGGAACGCAACCAAGAAAUCCAAAGUUCCCAAAGAUCCGAAGAGAACCGAGGAGAAACGUCCAGAGCGAGGAAAGAGAAAACCAGCUGAGGACGCUAUAGAACAGGUGGCAGAGACUGAGGCUAAACACGUGACUGACAGCAUCCCUGCUCGUUCAGUUACUCAGAAGAAAACUCGACUUGGGUUGCGAUGGCUUAAGCCUACAGUCAACCAACCCAGUAUUCUCUCCAAAUUCUGCAGCCUUGGGAAGCUCACGGCCAGCCUGGGGGCGAAGGGGCAUAGAAGGGAGGAAGUAAAUGGCAGCCAGGUGGGCUCCAGAAAGGAGGAGGCUUUGAUUGAAGGCCUCGCUGCCCCCAACUGUAGCCCCUGUUGUAUGUCCCAAAAUCUGGGCAAGAAAAGUGGCCACUUGUGUACAGGUGAAGACAAGAGCACGAGUGAGACAGUGCCGACUGGCUUUGACCUGAUAGAGGGAAUGUUCCAAGGCCAGUUAGUGCUGAGGACGCGCUGCUUGGAAUGCGAGUGUUACUCAGAGCGAAGAGAGGACUUCCAGGACAUCAGCGUUCCCGUGCAAGAGAACCACCCUAACAAGGAGGAGCCUGGGUCGGAGAUUUCCCCAGAGCCUAAGCUGGAAGUGAAGACACUGAAGUGGGCCAUCUCGCAGUUUGCCUCGGUCGAGCGGAUCGUAGGAGAAGACAAGUACUUCUGUGAGAAUUGCCAUCAUUACACCGAAGCAGAGCGCAGCCUGCUGUUUGACAAGAUGCCCGAAGUGGUGACAAUCCACCUCAAGUGCUUUGCGGCGUGCAGCUCCGAGUUGGAACCCUACGGCAAUCUCUCAAAGGUCAACACUCCGCUGUUGACUCCUCUCAAGCUCUCGCUGGCAGAGUGGAGCACCAGGGAGUCCAACGACUGCUACGAGCUGUUUGCGGUUGUCAUGCACAACGGGGUGAGCAUCAGCAACGGCCACUACACCGCGUACGUGAGGGUGAGCCAGCUCGGGCAGUGGGAGCAGCCUACAGUGUGCAACACCAGCAAACAGGAGCCCCUCAACCAGGGGGAGACCAAGAGCUCCCUCGGCCUCCCGGAGUACGACGACGGAGAAGUCUCAUUCAAGCUGAAGGGGAACGUGCCGCCGACGGCAGCAGCCGGCAAGACUACCAAGAAGCUGGCCGAGAGCGUGGGGCUGCUGGGGGGUCAGAAGUGUGUGUCCAGCUCCGAGCCAGAGAAGCCUGGAAUCGGCGUGAAAGACAAUGUAAGGCCAGAGUGCGUCGCCUCAGGCGACAAGCUGGCCGCCUCCGUCAAAGACCAGGCCUGCAGCGUUAACGGAGGCAAAGCCCCGGAAAGUGUCGGCAGCCUGCGGGGCUACGAGGGGAAGUGGAUGUUGUUUGACGACUCGGAGGUGAGGCUGACAGACGAGCAGCAUUUCCUAGGCUCACUUUCUCCCUCGUCCUCCUCCACCUCCACCCCUUACCUCCUCUUUUACAAGAGAAUCGCAGCCCCGUGAGCAGUGUGCACUCACAGACACUAAUGCCAGGGCAAAGCAGUAGCCUCCUUCCUGAUGGCUGAUUUCACAGGCCUUCAUUGUUUUAGUGUAGAUCAUUGUUAGCAGGGAGUGCCUCUCUCUCUCGCUCGCUCGCCUGUUAGCACUACUGCUGGUACAAUAAUAAUCGUGACAGGAGACAUCAUUCGGACUCCAGCUGCCCAGACCCAUGUAGAUCCUAUUUUCUAAGUAAAUAUAACUGGAUGUGUUUCGCCUCCUUCAUAGAAAGGGGAAAUGUUCUCCCACAAAAUAUACAGUCAACUCAUUCCACAGUAUAUUCUG